CGUGUUCAUCCGCAAGAAAGGAAACUCUCCAGUCCUAACAAUAAAAAAUCAAUAGACCUAACUGGGGUCUUAUCAGAGGUUGCAUGAAUGGGUGGUGAAUUUAGUAACAGCUUGGUUUUAACGGGUGAACAAGUGCCUGCAGAUCGUAAUUAGCAAAGGCUCCUGUCUUAUCAUUUUUGGAUCCACUUGUGUGGCUCAGUCAGACUGCCUGGGAAAGUUCCAGCUCUGCGGAUGGAUCCAGCACUGGGGCGCUGAGGCUCCAGCCUGACUGACGCCGGGGCAGUGCUGCUGCUAAUAUGUGUUCCACACCUCCAGGGCGCACAGACAGGGAAGAGCUGCACUGUACUGAUAACUCCCACGAAACAACAUACACGCGAACAAAAGAUGAAAGCAAUACUAUCUUGGCAUCUGGCUGCGUAAAAACAACAUUCACAGCUUGAAUCUCAAAUUCUCCUUACAGAUACCAGAGCCUGAGUAGCACUGAACAUAUUUGCUUUAGUGUGGCAAUCUUCCAAAUUCCACUGGAACCGUACACUGAAUACAAGGUUAGCAGCAUACAAGCGGUUUAAUAGGCCUUACAGGCAGCCUCAACCCCAAUUUAUUUACCCCACCAGUCUCCCAAUGCAUGCCAGCACGGCCAUCACUUCACUCUUCUCCUUCACAAGCCCAGCAGUGAAAAAGCUACUUGGCUGGAAACAAGGGGAUGAGGAGGAAAAAUGGGCAGAGAAAGCCGUUGAUUCCCUCGUUAAGAAGCUGAAGAAGAAAAAGGGAGCUAUGGAGGACUUAGAAAGGGCCCUGAGCAGUCCGGGCCAGCCCAGCAAAUGUGUGACAAUCCCUCGGUCGCUGGACGGAAGGCUGCAGGUGUCGCACAGGAAAGGCUUGCCCCAUGUCAUUUACUGCAGGGUGUGGAGGUGGCCUGAUCUACAGUCUCAUCACGAGCUGAAAGCCAUGGAGUGCUGUGAGUUUCCUUUCGGAGCAAAGCAAAAGGACAUCUGCAUUAACCCCUAUCAUUACCGGCGGGUCGAAACACCAGUAUUGCCUCCUGUGUUGGUUCCACGGCACAGCGAGUUCAACCCUCAACACAGCUUGCUGGCCAAGUUUCGCAACGCCUCUCUGCAGAGUGAACCGCUCAUGCCACACAACGCAACCUACCCAGACUCCUUCCAGCAGCCACCCUGCAAUGUUUUCUCAUUGUCACCAAACAGGACUUUCAGCCAGUCCCCCUGCACCAUCAGUUAUCCCAGCUCUCCUGGAAGCUCCACUGAGCCCGGGAGCCCAUACCAGCUGACAGCUGAGACCCCACCUCCUCCAUACAGCAUGGCAGAAGCAGUAACCAAUGAUGACGUGAAGCCCAUGGACUCAUCAAACCAAAAUAUGUUAAUACUGUCGGCUCCUCAAAGAGAACUGCGGCCUGUGUGUUAUGAAGAGCCAGAGUACUGGUGCUCUGUUGCUUACUACGAACUAAACAACAGGGUAGGAGAGACCUACCACGCAUCCUCUCGGAAUAUGCUUAUUGAUGGCUUCACAGAUCCCUCAAACAAGACAAAUCGGUUUUGUCUCGGGCUCCUGUCUAAUGUCAAUCGGAACUCUACUAUUGAACACACCAGAAGACACAUUGGGAAAGGCGUCCAUCUGUAUUAUGUUGGUGGGGAGGUGUAUGCAGAAUGCCUGAGCGACAGCAGCAUUUUUGUGCAGAGCCGCAACUGCAACUACCAGCACGGCUUUCAUGCCACCACUGUCUGUAAAAUCCCAAGUGGCUGCAGCCUCAAGAUCUUCAACAACCAGCUGUUUGCUCAGCUUCUCGCCCAGUCUGUCAGCCAUGGCUUUGAGGUAGUCUACGAGCUGACAAAAAUGUGCACUAUCAGGAUGAGCUUUGUGAAGGGUUGGGGUGCAGAGUACCAUCGCCAGGAUGUCACUAGCACUCCCUGCUGGAUUGAGAUCCACUUGCAUGGACCCCUGCAGUGGCUAGACAAAGUCCUGACUCAAAUGGGGUCACCUGAUAAUGCCAUCUCUUCAGUCUCUUAACAUGCAGCACAGCACUCCUCUAUAAUAUGCUAUUGCGGGCAGUGGCUUAUAGGACAAUAACUAAACAAUGUAUAUGUAGUCUUCUAUGAGAGGUUUAAUUCCAGAUAAUGUUUUCAUGUUGAUGCAUUUUUUUUUUAUUUUGGUGUCUAGAACAGUUGUUAUUUUUUGUAGUCUUGUGUGUUACCUUAUAUAAUAAAUAAUGUACUUUUUUAAUGCUGUAUAUGAAAAUUUACAUUUUCUGAGUAUCUGAUACCGUAAUGUACAAUAACUCAACUAUGCAAUACAUUGCUGUGAAGGUUUGUUUCAUUUUACCAUACCUUUGUUUUUUAAAACUUGUAAAUUAAUAUUUUUUUUCUUGUUAAUGUGUUGCUGUUGUUUCUAAUUUUUGUUUAAUAUAAUUUUUUGCCUGUCUUUAAAAUCUUGAAUCUCUGUCUAAAA